AGAGCGGUGGUGGGUGGGGGGUAGGGCUGAACGCGUUGGUUUCAAUGAGACGGCGGGGUUGGCUGUUCCUGUGUUUGUGUGUAAAUCUCGGGUUUUACAUUUAAAUAGUAACAAGAAGACAACACAAAUAUUCAGAGUUUUGCCUCCUUAUCGCCGCACGAUGGAGGACGACGCUCCCGUCAUCUACGGCAUCGAAUUUCAGGCUCGAACAUUGACUGCACAAACAGCCGAGACAGAUGCUAUCCGCUUUCUUGUCGGAACACAGUCGAUGAAAUUUGACAAUCAGGUGCACGUGAUUGACUUUGACGAUGAGAACAACGUGAUUAAUAAGACCGUGUUCUGCCAUCGCUCUGGUGAGGUGUGGCACAUCAGCGCCAGCCCUGGGGACAAGAAUGUGGUGGCGACAUGCUACAACACCAUGGUGGACAAUAAGCUGCAGUCGUGUGCGUCCGUGUGGCGCAUCCCGAGGGAUUUUGAUUCGGGCAGCAGUGAGCCUGCUGACGAGAGUGGAACCAACCCACUAGCCCUGGAGCUGCUUUGUCACUUUGACAACAGUGGCCACGGAAACAUGGCCAGUGUCUUAUGGGAACCCCUUGGCGAUGGCAGUAAGGCAGUCACUCUUUCCGACAACCGCCUGCUAUGCUGGGACCUAAAGGAAAGCUCCACGCAAGCCGUUUUGACGAGCUCCACAUCACUGGAGGGGAAGGGUCAGCUGAAGUUCACUGCGGGACGCUGGAGCCCCCAUCACAACUGCACGCAAGUGGCGACGGCAAACGACACGGUCAUCCGUGGUUGGGACAUCCGGUCCAUGAGCCAGGCUUAUUGCAUCGAGAACGCACAUGGACAGCUGGUAAGAGACAUGGACUUCAACCCAAACAAGCAGUACUACCUGGCGAGCUGUGGCGACGACUGCAAGGUCAAGUUCUGGGACACCCGUAACCCAACGGAGCCUGUGCGCAGCUUGGAAGAGCAUUCACACUGGGUGUGGAGCGUUCGCUACAACCACUCGCACGACCAGCUGGUGCUGAGCAGCAGCAGCGACAGUCGCGUGAUUCUCUCGAACAUGGUGUCCAUCUCGUCGGAGCCCUAUGGGCAGGGGGCUGAUGAUGACGAUGAUGAAGCCAGUGAUGCAGACGAGAAGGUCGACACGGAGCCCAAGAGUAAGGAGCCCCCUCAGGACAGCAUCAUUGCGACGUACGAGGAGCACGAGGACAGCGUGUACGCCGUCGAGUGGUCCGCCGCCGACCCCUGGCUCUUCGCCUCGCUCAGCUACGACGGGCGGCUCGUCAUCAACCGCGUCCCCCGCACCGUGAAGUACAAGAUCCUGCUCUGAGGCGAUGGCAACCGGCGUGCGUGUGCCUACCCACACAAGGGCUGUUGCCACUUUACUCGGGCAAGCAGGCCACACACCUGGGCUCUCGUGCCCCUCGUGCUGCGAUAUUUUUAAUUCAGGUUUUUUUUUGUGUGUGUGGUUGUCAGGCACUUUGGUGAUGUCCGGUUGUACUGUGACACGCGGUGCCAGGUUGUACGCAUGCGUGUUGAACUUCUUUCGCACCGUACGUAGCCAACCGUGCUAAUCGGAGUUGCGGGGGAAGGACAACAAACUAAACACGAAAAGCAGAUGUGAAGAAAUUAGCUUUCAUUUUAGAUUGAAAAGUGCAUAGCUCCAAGUAGCUUCCUAAUAUCGGAAGAGCAUUCCAGGCGGCUGCAGAAGCGCAUCUGAAAGCGCGCGAUGCAGUGGCCGUUGAUUACUGUGCACAUACACAGAGUUAAGGUCUGUUAUGUGCCAGUAUUGCAUCAAUGCAUUCGCUACCGCACUACGCUCUACGCUUUAAUCCCAGUUCGAUUUUCCCACAAUCACAAAAAGUUAGUGGCAUGUGCUAGAACAACCAGUCCUGGGCCUCCUUAAGGUCAACUACAUGCUAGUCCGUGCGAGUUGGUGAAGGUGGGGAGCAUAGCAGUGAAGUAUAACACGUAAUUUUCCUGCAUUGCCCUUUGCUGCCCACAUGUAGUUCUACUAGCCUAUAACACCGAUUGUGCAUGGGGAUCAACCAUCCAUCUCCUAUUGCCUGUUCACAUCCUCACCUGCUACAUCUCAGACGCAAUAUGUGCAUCCUGCCCUGGUUUCUCACUAUAGUUUAUCAAGGACGGUUUCGAAUUUAAGCGUUUAGGAAUGGUCUAUGGUCAUGGGGUGAGCAAAAUCAAUUCUAUGUUCAAUUCUAUUAUCUUAAUUGUGUGCAGCAGUGAACAUCUUCCUUUCCACAAAGAACCGUUUCAGUCUAACGCUGUCAUGCAUUGAUUUAAACCUGCCGAUUGCUUGUGCUUGCUAUUUUUAGUAUGGAAAGAGGAGUGUAAGAUUCAAGGAAUACAUCGAUGUUUUGUAAAAUAAUUUGCUGCCCUUGUGGUUUUGGAAUAGGUCACCAAAAUUAUUUCUUCUAAAGAAUAUCAAUCUAUUCGCUUGCUAUUGUCCUUAACAUGAUGUACACAUUUAUAAACAUGUAGAUAGAUGUUUGGAAUCGUAGAGAUUUUAAAAUAACGCUCAGCACACACUUGUAUAACUUGUAUAUUUAAAGAUAUACUUUAAUUAUUUAAGCAGAGAUAGCAGUAUGAUCUGUAAAUCUACUUUAUAAUUAACUUAAUCGAAUCUUGUGCUCCCCCCCCCCCUAUGAGAUUGCUGGUCGUAAUAACAUGCUUUGAAUAUGGUGCACUAUAAUGCUUGAAGAGUCUUAAGAGAACUUUACUAUAAUAGUACUUAAACUCUAAAUUCCUAAAACCUGCACUCUGCAGAGCUGGGCAGGGAAUCUUAAAGCUGUGUAGCAACUUGUUUGUGAGACAAGCUUGAGCAACUACGUGAGUGUUCAUAAUUACUCUAAUGGGAACUUGACUUUCACUGAGCACUUACUGAGUAUCCUUAUAAUCUGUUCAGCUCGCGUGCAGUCCAAACAGAGCUGGUAAGACCCAGCCCUAUCGGGCUAAGUGCCUUAACCCCUUUACCUGUGGAAUUGUGUUAUUAUCUUAGAAGACACACAGCCAAAAUGUCCCGCAGGUAAUGCUCAUGGCAUCGAUUUAUCAGACUGCGCUUGCUUAUGUCAUUUACUUUCGUGUCCCAAGUGGGACGUCCCCACUUGUGUACAAUUUGCGCCAAGAAAAACCGCUUCAAAGCAGCCACAGUGUGUGUUUUUAUUGAAUUAAAACAAUACAUCUACAUUUUCACAUUGGGUGGGGGGUGCGGUGGAUUGUUCUGGCAAGCAUUAGUAGCCGUCGUGUGAUGUCAGGCGUGGCGAGAGGAUGUUUCAGUUUCACCGCCCAGCCCUUUUUCUGGGCUUGCUGUUACAUGCUCGAAGCAACAGAUUGCAAUUGCCUGUACAAGCCACGCAUGGCUUUCCUUUCAUUUUCACGAGUGGUAAAACAAUAAAGGCAGUCUCUCCAUCACUUUACCUAAACACGAGCACAGGUAAAAAAAAACCCAGGUGUGCAUCCGAUUGUAGGCACUGAAAUAUUUAACAAACAAAACAUUCCCUUUCACUGGAUGCCCUUUUUUUUUGUUUUGCUGCUCAUGGCUGCUGCGACUGAGCGCCACGUAAUGUCUACGCAAUCCAUAUGUCAUAGCAGGUAAUAUACACUCUUUAAUCUACACAAUACUAUAGUUAAAGCAUUUAAGCACAUCGAUGUGCUGCUUUCGUUACCAAGUUAAUUUCUACAAAUGCAUUCCAACCUGUUCCUUAUUUUCAUCCCAUUCCAUCUUAAAUAAUUGCCCAAGGUGUACACACUCUGAUGCGUUUGCCAGUUUUAGCAAUAUUGUUGUGCAUGGCUUUUGUCUUGCACGGAUUUAUCUUGAACCCAACUUCGCAUCAGUCUUGGAUAGUCCUUCAAUCAGUUCCUGUCGUUAAUUUCCAUUUACUUUUUUACGACUGCCUCAGCAGCAAAUCUGAGAUGGCUGUUAUUUUCUUUAUUUUAGAGCGUUUAUUUCUUCAAUUCAAGUGUUCGAAGUUUCGUUUUUGUUGGUGUGAAUAUAUAUCGGGUUGCCUCUGAUAUAUAUUGUUAAUCUAAUGCGAUCUCUGUGUAGUUGUUUCAUCCACGUGAAUGGUUUUCAUUCUCAAUGUUAUACUUAUUUUGUGAUAGCUGGAUGACAGCAGCAAUUUCUACUGAGUCGAAUGCUUUUGCGUCAUCUUCAAAGGCUAAGCAUAAUGGUAAUGUCAUGAUGGCAACCAAAUAGUAUCUCCAGGUGAUGAGACAAUUUCUUUGAGACCUACCUAAGUGGCCUGAAAUGCGUUUACUGGAACCAGAUUUCAUGAACCCAAAACUGAAAAAGUGGCCCCGUGUUUCCUUAAUAGAAUUUCUCUCGCUCGUCCACGAGUGAGGGGUGUCGUGCACGAGUGAGGGGUGUCGUGCUUCAGAAUGGGGCACGAGUGUGAACGCAAGGUACCUGCGCUGAACCCCUUGCAAUUGUGCCUGAUCAUGCAUGGUUUCAUACAAUGUUUUAAAGUUAUAAUUAAUGUAUCUCCAUUUCCAUCUUUUCGAGUGGUUUCCUUUUGUAGCAAAGUAGAGUUAUGGUAAAUUAAACAAGUAGUCGUUUAUAUUAAUAAAGUAAUAAAAAUAAAGCAAUAAAAUUAAUUAUUAGUUUUUAAUUGUUGUAUUUUUAUUAUUUUAUUAUUUCCCUUCUACGUGGCUUUACCGAAAGAACCAAGAAUAUUAAUCCCUGUAGUCACGAAAGCUUUAAAUCGAAUAGUAGUCGUUUACGUGAUGAUAUACUUUGGUUUAUUAAAAUUACUGGGUUUAAAUGUGGUUAUACAUUUGCGUAUUGUUCAGUGCUUGGCCAGUGAGUCUCCAAAUGUUUGCAUUACAAAUGUACAUUGUCGCGUCCACUCAUAAGGGGGAUUCUCCGAAGCUCAAAAUGAACUCUGAAGAUACUGUAAAUAUUACACGGUACCAAAUGAACAAAUUAGAAAUAAAGUGUAUGUGUGUGCGUGUACUAUAUUUUGGUUUGUAAUUCACUGCGAUGUGCAUAGUGCAAUGCCAAGUUCACUCAUUCAGAUUUAGUGUUGGUGAUGUGUGCUAGAAGCCCUGCUCCCUUCACAGUGACCUGGACUGCCUCUUACUCCCAUGAAAUGGAGACGGUUGACUGCGAAUGUAUGAAUUUAAAUACUUCGCUUGGGAAAUCCAUUGAGGUGGAAACAUCUCGGUUUGCAAGGGCGUUCAAGAAAUGGAAACAUUGUGUUUAAUCACGUUCUCCAACUGUGUCCAGCGCGUGCUGCUUGAUGGAAUGCAUUGCUCGGAAUAAUAUCAAACAUAUGGUGCAUGCCUCUUAGCUUGUAAAUGCUAACAUUUACUCGGCUUAUACGAUCAUUGUAAUCAAUUGUUUGUCAGUGGAAAUUGAAAAAUAACUCUUGCUACAUUUCACUAAUGAUGAUUACCCGUUUUUUGCAUAUGAAAGAUGGGGCGAACGAAAUAUUCUUGCAACUUCAAUCAACCUUUUCCUCACAGUGUGGGUGGUUAGUGUGAGCAAAUAACGCAAUUAAAAAACGGUGGUUUUAACCUCUGUACUAUUUACAAUAGUCGGUUAACGAUUCAUCAAAUUAGCCCCACCUGAACAUACGAGAAAUUGGGCACGGUUUACAUUUUAAAUCCGCUGACAGUUUUUUAUAUUUAUUAUAAAAUUAGUUUUAUUCCACAUCCUUUCUCACAUCAUACAUUGCAUCGAUGGUGUCAGGUACACAGGACUCAUCAGAGCAGGCAGGGGGGGGGGGGGGGUGGCCAGGUCAUUGCCCUUCUGGGCUCGGGUAUUUAAGACUGUUCUAAGGUUUAGGAAUGGACCCAACGCACGUGCUGUAAUUCUUCCUUGUCUCUUGAGCUCAGCUCAGACCAAGGCCGUAAUUAUUCAAAUAUAUUGCUAUAAAUAAUAUU